GCGGAGCGGCUCUGCGGGCGGAGCGGCACAGUGUGCGGGACGGGUGUGUGCAGCUGCUGGUCAUGGAGACGCGCCGAGCUCUGCACUUCGUCUUCAAAGUGGGAAACCGCUUCCAGACGGCGCGUUUCUUUCGUGAUGUCCUGGGCAUGAAGGUUCUGCGGCAUGAGGAAUUUGAAGAAGGCUGCAAAGCUACCUGUAAUGGGCCUUAUGAUGGGAAAUGGAGUAAAACAAUGGUGGGAUUUGGACCUGAGGAUGAUCAUUUUGUUGCAGAACUGACUUACAAUUAUGGCAUCAAAAACUACAAGCUUGGCAAUGACUUUAAGGGUAUCACAGUCGCUUCUAGCCAGGCUGUGAGCAAUGCCAGGAAGCUGAAGUGGCCACUCACUGAAAUUGCAGAUGGUGUUUUUGAAACUGAGGCCCCAGGAGGAUAUAAGUUCUAUCUGCAGAAUCAAAGUCCACCUCAGUCAGAUCCUGUAUUAAAAGUAACUCUAGCAGUGUCUGAUCUUCAGAAGUCCUUGAACUACUGGUCUAAUCUACUGGGAAUGAAAAUUUAUGAAAAAAAUGAAGAGAAGCAAAGGGCUUUGCUUGGCUAUGCUGAUAACCAGUGUAAGCUGGAGCUACAGGGCAUCAAGGGUGCAGUUGAUCAUGCAGCAGCUUUUGGAAGAAUUGCCUUUUCUUGUCCCCAAAAAGAGCUGCCUGACUUAGAAGACUUGAUGAAAAGGGAGAAGCAGAAGAUUCUGACUCCCCUGGUGAGUCUGGAUACCCCCGGGAAAGCAACAGUGCAAGUGGUCAUUCUGGCCGACCCGGAUGGACAUGAAAUUUGCUUUGUGGGGGAUGAAGCAUUUCGAAAACUUUCUAAGAUGGAUCCAACAGGAAACCAAUUGUUGGAAGACGCAAUGGCAGCAGAUAAAAGUGAUGAAUGGUUUGCUAAACGAAUUAAACGUUAAUAGAAGAUAUCACGUGGAACAAGCAUUUAUGAUUCCUGUCUAUCACCUGCGAAGUUUGAUGUGUCCAUUCAUAAUUAAUGCUCUCACAACUUGAUUGUUCCCUGUAUAGGCGAGGAAGCUGGGUGGUGAAGAUUUGUGUAUUUUUAACCUUUGAAAGCUCUGAUAUGUUUUUAUGUUUUAGGUAUAAAUCCUUUUAUUGUCAGUCUGGGGCAGCUAUAUGGGACAUUACCCUUGGUUGGGGAUGGAUAGAAGGAAUUUUAAUAAGCAUGUGGAUUUUAUGAAAACUUAUUGGCAAAAUAAAUUUUGUUCCUUAAACCAAAA